AAACGUGCUUUCCGCACGGAUCAUGUUCGCAACCCGAGCGUCCACUGUAGUCUAGUGAUGCUUCAUAAUACAGUCUUAAAUUUGACUGUGCCAAUCCACCUUUCUUUAAUAUCUGUUAAUAUUUUAUACCUAAUUCUGGGCUUCUUCCCCUGCUAGGUAAACUUUGAGAGCUCCUUUGUUUGAACCAUCCUGCAUAAAUUCUUAUCGGGUUUGCCUGGAAUAAAAACAACAUUUUAGGCAAAAGCACCUCCAAUUUCAAGAGACGGAACGUGGCAGAAGACCAAGGGGCUUCUUCUGAUCUCUUGGAGACUUCCUAAGAGCAGAGAUGGAUGAGCAAGACUCAGCUGGCCCUGAAGCGGGCAGAAGCCAAGCCGUCCAAACUGAGAGCAGUGGGGGAUUCUCCAUGCAGAAGAUCCUGGGAGAGGAGGACACUCUCCGCUCUGAUGUGCAGAGCCAGCAGGUCAGGAAGUUCUGCUGCCAGGAGGCUGAAGGACCCCGAGAAGUUUGCCACCAGUUCUACCAACUAGACCAUCAGUGGCUGAAGCCAGAAAGGCACACGAAAGCAGAGAUGGUGGACCUGGUGAUUUUGGAGCAGUUCCUGGCUGUCCUCCCCCCAGAGAUGGAGAGCUGGGUGAGGGAAUGCGGAGCAGAGACCAGUUCCCAGGCAGUGGCCCUGGCUGAAGGUUUCCUCCUGAGUCAGGCAGAGGAGAGAAAGCAGGGAAAGGAUCUGUUAGCAGAAAUGGGCCCUGAUUCCUUUGAGGCAGAGAGGACUCUGUUGGACACCAGAGAGAGGCCACUGGGUGAGGGAACGAUGUUGGUAAGACCUCUUCUUCCGUCUUUUCAUGGUGGCGAAGGGGAUGCAGCAGAAUUGGAACCAGAUCAGGGUCCGGUGAGCUUUGAAGAUGUCGCUGUCCAUUUCACAGACGAGGAAUGGGAGUUGCUGGACCCUGACCAGAGAGCUCUGCAUACGGAGGUCAUGGACGAGAAUCGUGACAUCCUGGACUCUCUCCGUGGCGAUGAAUUGGAAAGGGAGAUUGACGAAAUCUACACAGUGGAUGAGCCAUAUACAUACAUGGAAUGUGAAGAGAACUUCAGCCAGAGCUCCUAUUCUGCUUCCCAGGACAUAAAUCCCAUUGGAUUUCUCUAUCAAUACGACGAAUGCAUAAAUAGCUUCAUUUGGCAGGAUGGUCUCUCGUCACAUGACAGAACGCAAAAGGGGGAGAAACCAUAUCUGUGCUUGACAUGUGGGAAGAGCUUCAGUCGGAAGGACCACCUUGUUUCCCAUGAAAAAAUUCAUACAGGGGUGAGACCUUAUCAAUGCUUAGAAUGUGGGAGGAGCUUCAUUCGUAGUUCCGCUCUCACUUCCCAUCAGAGAAUUCAUACUGGGGAGAAACCCUAUCAGUGCUUGGAAUGUGGAAAAAACUUCAGCUGGAAGGAAAGUCUCACUUCCCAUCAAAGAAUUCAUACGGGCCACAAACCGUACCAGUGCUUGGAAUGUGGAAAGAGCUUUCGCCAGAGGGGCGAUCUCACUUCCCAUCAGAGAAUUCAUACAGGGCAGAAACCAUUUCACUGCCAAGAGUGCGGAAAGAGCUUCACACAGAGCACUAGUCUCAUGCUCCAUCAAAGAAUUCAUACGGGGGAGAAACCGUACCAGUGCUUAGAAUGUGGAAAGAGCUUCAGUCGGAAGGACCAGCUCACUUCCCAUGAGAGAAUUCAUACAGGGGAGAAGCCCUAUCAGUGCUUGGACUGUGGAAAGAACUUCAGUCGGAGGGUGAAUCUCACUUCCCAUCAGAGAACUCACACAGGGCAGAAACCAUUUCCCUGCUUGGAAUGUGGAAAGAGCUUUAGUCAGAGGGUGAAUCUUGCUUCCCAUCAGAGAAUUCAUACAGGGCAGAAACCAUUUCACUGCCAAGAGUGCGGAAAGAGCUUCACACAGAGCACUAGUCUUGUGCUCCAUCAAAGAAUUCAUACAGGGGAGAAACCGUACCAGUGCUUGGAAUGUGGAAGAUGCUUCCGUCAGAGCACCUGCCUCGCUUCCCAUCAGAGAAUUCAUACAGGGGAGAAACCAUUUCCAUGUCAAGAGUGCGGAAAGAGCUUCUCACAGAGCACAGGUCUCAUUCUCCACCAAAUAACUCAUACAGGGGAGAAACCGUAUGAGUGCUUGGAAUGUGGGAAGAGUUUCACUCGGAACAACCAACUCACUGCCCACCAAAGAAUUCAUACAGGGGAGAAACCCUACCAGUGCUUGGAAUGUGGGAAGACCUUCCGUGAUAGGAGCAAUCUGACUACCCAUGAAAGAAUUCACAGCGGGGAGAAACCAUUUCAAUGCCAAAUUUGUGGGAAGAGCUUCACACAGAGUACUGGUCUCAUGCUGCAUCAAAGAAUUCAUACAGGGCAGAAACCCUAUCAGUGCUUGGAAUGUGGAAAGAGCUUCAGUCAAAGCACCCAUCUUACUUCCCACCAGAGGAUUCAUACCGGGCAAAAACCGUUUCAGUGCUUGGAAUGUGGAAAGAGCUUCAGUCGGAAGGAAAGUCUCAGUUUCCAUGAAGCAACUCACAUGGGGAGCAGCCAGUUAAAUCCUAGUGAUGUGGAAACAGCUUCAAUAUCAGGAGAAGUCUCACUCUCCUUUUAAAAAAACCAUACUGGGGAAGGAUACCAGUGCUUGAAACGUCUGCUAAGAUGGAAAAAAAACAGCAGAAAAACAUGCUUGGCCAAUCUCAAUAAAGGCCUCUCAUGAUAAGGACUUCCCUCUUCUGGAGUACAAUAUCAGGCCUGCUGGAGAAUGCUUGCAAUGUUCCAGUAUGUACUAUCGGACCCAACGAAGGGAUCCAGUAUCCUCAUUCACUCUAUCGUGGGCAGGAUGAUGAGGUCAACCAAAUAACAGAAUCUUUGGGAAACUUUCCAUACUGGCCUCCAGUAUCUAUAAUCGAGGUCAAGUACCUUACUUCACAGUUAAAAAAUAAUAAAGCACCCGGCAUAGACUAUUUGGCCCCAGAACUGUUGAAAUCUAACGUCGGCUGGUGGGCCUCCCUGCUGGCAGUAAUAUUCUCAUUUAUCGAUUCAUCCGGGUUAUUUCCUGAAGUCGGGGCCACAGCUGCAGUCAUCCCUUUAUUCAAAAAGGGCCUUCCAUCCGAUCCGGCUAGUUAUAGACCAAUUCGUUUGCUACCUGUAAUUAGCAAAUUAUAUGCAAAGCAUCUUUACAAGAAGAUAGUUGAUUAGAUAACCUGAUGGAGCUGUUUUUGCCGAAGAGCAAGCAGGAAUUAGAUAAGGCAGAUCCGCUAUAGACCAUUGCUUUUAGAUAAGUAUGUUAUAGAUAAGUAUGUUAAGAAACCAGGUGGUGUGCUAUAUGCAGCUUUCAUUGAUCUGAAAGCUGCAUUUGAUUCAAUCUCUCGAGUAAGACUGGGGUAAGUUGAACUCUUCAAGUAUAGAUAAAAGAUCAUUGUUAUUGAUUAAAUGUCUGUAUAAAAACGCUGUGCUGAAAGUGUGUUGCUCUACAAAUGGGCAGCUAAUGGCAUCCGUACCAGCCACAAAGGCAGUUAAGCUUUGUUAAAUUUAUAUAUUUAAUUUAUAUAUAAAUGAUAUUGUCCAGAGUUGAACAUCUCCAGAGGAUCAUGCCUCUACAUUGGCCACAAAAGCCAUUUCUAUAUUAUUAUACAGAGAUGAUGCGGUACUUCUGUCUAGAACAAGAGUAGGCCUAAAAAGAUGGAUGAGGGCAUUCUCAGGAUACUGACAAAGAGAAGAGCUGGCUGUGAAUUGCAAGAAAACUAAAGUUUCAAGAAAUGAUAGGGCCCAGAGAUGGUAUAUUGAUAAUAAGUUGAUCGAACAAGUUAAAGUCUUUAAAUACCUCUGCCUUGUUUUUCAGUCAAUAGGGUCAGGGGGAGCACAUCAGAAAUGUGCAAAGGAAAAAGUGUCUUGAAGCGCCAAAAUUCUGUAAUGCUUUUUCCAUACAAAAGGUGUCGAUCACACACUAUCAGCCCUUGAAGUGUUUAAAGCUAAACCCCUAGCACAGUUAUUAUAUGGGGCUCGGAUUUAUAGAAGCUGUUCAGUCUACGUUUCUAAGGCAGUUUUUUCCCUUGUACAAUCCUGUGUUCCAAAUUCUUCAUUGCGCUUGGAAGUAACCCGUUCUGGUACUUCCGGUUUUUGGCGUCCGCAACCCCAAAAAAACGCAACCUGAAGCAUCUGUAACCCAAGGUAUGACUGUACAGCCUUCAGCUGUACUUGAGGA